UAGUAAACAUACGAUCUUUGGCAGCGGAAAAGGGCAGCAGGUGCAGCAGGAAGUAGCGUCCACCAGCCCAGCCUUGAAUAGAACAAGCUAACGGCGUUUAAUUGCCACAAUCUGCUACACAAAACCAAGAAAGUGAAGGCCACAGGUAAUAUUGUUUCGUGUCUUGAGCUGAAAUGAGUGCUGCUGUACCCAACCAUCGAAGGACCAAGCCCGGCGGAAUAAAGCCUGGGGCUGCCAACAGUGGCGUCACUGGACCGACCUCCCAGAUCCCCGGUUUGUCCCAGACUGCUGACAAAACCUCUCCAGUGGAGAGGAUCAGCGGACGACGAGUUGGGAUCUUCGAGACGGACUCAGACUACGUCAAGCUCGCUAAGGGAGGAGGACAUAAAGGGCUGUUGAGUCAUGAUGUUGAUGCCGACGAUCAGCCGAAGAAAACCUACAAUCCACCCAACUGGUUUGGAGGUGAUGAGUCAAAGAGCGGCAGCAAAGCAACGUCUCCUGACAGCCAGAUGAAGACGGGCCUGCAGCCUCUGGCUGCUCCGUUUGGCACCGAUAACGGUUCGUCUUGGGAAAGAGAGACUGAUAUAUUUUCCCAUGAUAAAAAUAAGCAGAUGUCUCCUGAUGAAGCCGCUGGUCAGAUGGAAGGUCUGUCUGUAACCAACAAAUACAAGAGAACGUCUUACGAUAAGAAAGCUCCACCGGUCAGCAUGUCCAAGCUGCUGAGUCAUGGAUAUGUGGAGGAAAAGAAGAAGUCUCCCAAUGACGAUGAUGCCUCAAGUGUGACCUCAGAACAGACCAGCACCGUCGCAACGGAGGACGUGGACGACCUGGAGUAGAGCUUAAAGUUCUGGUCUGGAGGGAACGAGGCGCCCUCUAACUGUGGUUCAUGGUGUCACAAAUCCACGAACACGCCCCUCGGAUUCACUCGCAUUUAUUGUACAUCCACUGACUGUUAGGUUUUGUACUCAUGUUUAUGCAAUGGUACCGUCCUCUCUAUUUAUUUUCGCUUUAAUUUGUAAAAACAUGGAUUUAGUUCUCUGGUAGACAUGUCGCGGUAUUUUUCAUUUCUGUGUUUCUCGAUUUGAAAGACGACUCGUGUGCAGGGCUGGAAACUAGCAUUAAACCACAGAAGCUGAUUUGAUUUGCAGCCUAAAAGUCUGCGUUCGGCUGGUGGCUGCUGUUAGUUUCCCUCCCUGGUUGUAUGAAGAUCGAGUUUGUGAAGUUUUAAAGUGUUCGUGCUAAUUAUAAAUUGUGGUUCCAGUGACGUGAAAUAUUACUCUGUUUCGACCAAGGGCUCCUGCUGUCUGAAGGGAUGUUGGAGGUUUGAGCAUUUUCAGCUGCGGGGGGGCGGAUGCGACCAAACCAUACGGUGAAUUAGUUCGGUUAAAAAGGGCCAAAAAAAACGAUUUAGCUUGCUGCUCUGCAAAAGGUUGCUUCUUUCAAUGAUCUGAGAAACUUGCAGAUGAGGUGUCAGUUUUAACCUACAGACAUGUUCAAAAUGGAUUCUAAUUGAAACGUAAAAGGAAAAACAAGCAAAAAACUAGUGCAAUCAAGUGCGACAGUGCCAAUAAACAUCCUGAUUGUGCAUCUAAAUUUGUUUAAAAACCUUCAGUGUUAAGUUAAUCCGUCCUCCUUCCACCAAAUAACACAAAUCUCACACCUGGAACGGUUUCCUUCUGCAGGCCGACGAGCUGAAAUCCAAUUCCGCUGUAAUUCCCUGUGAAGAUGAAGGCAGACGAGUUUUUAAAAACGUGAGUUCUGAACAUGCCAACCAAGCAGUUUGUCCCUGCUAACGCAGUGUUUUUUGACUUUGUAGACGUCAGUAGGAGAAGUUAGUGUUAGUGCACAGCCUGGUCACGCCGAAGCCUCCAUCUUAUGACGCGCAUUCAUCGAUAGAAUGGGAGUUUGUUACAGUUAAAUAAGAGGAACAGUUGCCGCUGCAGCGUUUUGGCACAAUUCAUGUUCAUUAAAGUAGUUAAAAUAGACAUAGAAAGUGAAAAAAACAUUCUCUAGUAGUAAAUAAAACAAGUUGACAAGUUAAAUAUGAUGCUUUUUGACAUUAAUUCUUAAGUUAAAUGCAUUAGACUGUCAGUAAAAAAAAAAAAACUUGAAUAAAUUACAGUCAAGCCCUAAAUUAUUCAUGCCGGAACUAAAUUUUUUAUUCAUCAAGAUGUUUUUUUUCUGGCUGGAAAUGACAUAGACAAGAGACAACAGACAAUAAAACACUGUCAGCGAUGGUUGUGACAGAUUUGUAAGUAUUUUUAAGUCAAUUUUUGCUGGAAAUGCCAUGUGGAAAAUGAUUCAAACUGCUUGAAAUUGGUGCAGAAUUUUGAGAAAAGGCAUCAUCUACAAGUAAAUAACUAGAGAACUACUGCAUCGAACGCUGUAGCAAAUGCUGGAACUCACCAGAAUCCUAUUAAAGCUGCAUUUUCUUUAAAAUUUGCACCGUUUCCAAGGAGUAUGACUAAUUUUUUUUACAUUUUUGUGGGGGUAAAAAUGUCAAACACAGAAAUAGUUCAAAUUCAGUGUUUCCAAAUGAAACCUGUUGGUCAAAUAAGAAUUUACAAUACAUUCUUGAACAGAGUGAGAAGUUAUUGUUUCCAAAAUUAUUCCUACUGCUUGAAAAUGGUGCAGAUUUGUGAGAAAAUGCAUCGUCUUCAACUUCUCGACUGUUCAUAGGUUACUGGAACAUGUUAGAAAUCACCGGAACCUCUUGUCCUGCUGCUGGAGCUGCGUUUUCUUAAUCAUUUGCAACAAUUUCAAGGAGUAUGGCUAAUUUAGUAAAAAUAUUUUGAUGGUAGAAAUGUCAAACACAUAAAUAGCUCAAAUUUGGUGUUUCCAACUGCACUGUUUCGCUUGUUUUGUCAUUUACUGAGAGUUUCCAAAAUUAUUCGUACCCCUUGAAACUGGUGCAAAUCUGUGAGAAAAAGCAUCUUCUUCCACUCCUUACCUGUACUUAGUUUAUUAGAACAUGUUAGAAAAUCACCAGAGCCACUUGUCCUGGUAGUGGAGCUGCAUUUUCUUAAGCAUUUGCACCAGUUUCAAGAAGUAUGUCUACUUUUUUUGCCUGUUUUUUUGAGGAAAAAGUGCAGAAAAGUUGAAACAUCUCAGUAUGUACCAUCUGUUCUUACUUAUUUGUAUCAUUUCCAGCCAGAAGAAACCUGUUUGUCAAAUACAAAUUCACUUUAACGCAAGGUGUACCACGACUCUGAUUACAUUUAGGCUUCACUGUAGAUGAAAAGGCGAAGGAAAUGAGUUUGAAAGUUGCACCCAAACAACAGCAGACAUUGAAAUAUGGCUGCAACAUCACUUCUGUCAGGUAAAAGUUUCCUGUGACGUUUGACAGAUGGUUCGGCCUCGAGUCGUUUAAUAGUUUUAAUUUUUUAGAGCUGCCACUGUGACAGCGAAAUCCUAAUCCUACAGGGACAUUUGUCGAGGAGGAAUUGCUCCUGAAAUGAAAAAGCAUGGUGGUGAUGUGUUUGUCCUAAUAAAUCCAAUAAAACGCUGCAGCGGUGACAGACUCUCAUUUGAAAACUUACAAGAGAUGUGUCAUGUUCAACACGGCUGUCUGUCUGUCUGGUUCGAGGCUUUUUUUCUUUCUUCUACACGAUAUAUUUAAACAGUGAUGCAUAAUUUAUCUGUAUGAGGUAUAAAAAGGUGUCGAGUGUUGUUCCCUACGCUUUCGUGACACUUGGAGUUUUUAUUAUUUUGCAGUACAAGGAAUGGCGAAUGUAUCAUCUUUAGAUAUUGUUUGCUUUGAAGAGCGGGUUUAUUUUUAUGAACUGUUAAAUAUUCAGGUACAGUGUUCAGUUUAUGAUAGUGUUGUUCCUCCGCUCUGUGGAGUUAACGGUUUACAAACCAGUAGUGGGAACCUUUAGUGGCUUAACUUUGCAAAGUUCUCCCUGAGAUCUUGUCACUUGUCUCGCUUUGUUUGCUUUUUUUGUUUAUUUACAUUGCAAAUGUACCAGAGGAGACUGAAGAAGGCAGAAGAUCCCUCAAGUGUUUGUAGAGACGAGAAAUCCACCUGACACAACUCAAUGUGAGACCCUGCUUCUCUUCAAGACUGCACACAGACUUUUAGUUGUCAUUUAAAUAAAUGGGCAUGUGCAUGUA